UUCCCAAUGCGGCUAAAGGCAUUCCACGUCAUCAACCAGCCGGUGUUUUUUAUGCCCUUGUUUCAUCUAAUCAAACCAUUCCUCAAAGACAAGUUCGUCCGCAGGAUGCACGUACACGGAAAAAACCUUGAGUCACUCCACAAGUUCCUGCCGCCAGAGAUCCUUCCGGCAGAGUACGGGGGACUCCGAGGAGCUUUUGACAACGGUCCCUUCUGUGCCGAACUCUACCAGAACGACGCAACGUUCAAAGUAAACAGCACCUACGGCUAUCGGCCGAGCUGUUGUUCCCAGCAGAGGACAGAAGGCUACCGCAGCUCCCGUAUCGAUUACCUCUGCAUGCUUUGGCGAAAGUUUACCAGGCUGUCUCACGUGCCCAACGACAUUCCCAAGAUUCCCGGCGUCAAGGCGGAAAAGUUGACCGAACACUACAUCAAGAAGUUGGAAGACACCGACUAGAACCAGCUUCUUUCUGCAGGCCGGAAAUAAACGCAAAAAAGAAAAAUAAUAAAUCUAUCGGCGGACAGUUA